CAACAACAAAUACUUGUUGUAUCGCCACCUAUCACAAUUACAAUGUCAGGUCUCUCGCGGAAUCGUCUCCAAGAGGAACGCAAGCAGUGGCGACGGGACCACCCAUUCGGAUUCUGGGCGAAACCGAAUAAAGCGGAAGAUGGUGGUAUGGAUCUCAUGAACUGGAGUGUUGGGAUUCCGGGGAAGAUUGGGACGUUGUGGGAGGGUGGGUUGUACAGGUUGACCAUGAGCUUUCCCGAAGGUAUACUCCUCCCCCCUCUGCGCCCUAUGGCGCUGUCGUCCUUCAUGUCGCUGCAUUGCAUGCACCGGACUCUCCAACCAUUUGAACAACACCCUCUAACUCAUCCCUCAGAAUACCCCUCCAAACCCCCCAAAUGCAAAUUCACCCCCCCUCUCUUCCACCCCAACGUCUACCCCUCCGGCACCGUCUGCCUCUCCAUCCUAAACGAAGAAGAAGGCUGGAAACCCGCUAUCACCAUAAAACAAAUCCUACUCGGUGUCCAAGAUUUGUUGGAUAACCCGAACCCGGAGAGUCCGGCGCAGGCGGAGGCGUAUACGAUGUUUAAGAAGGAUAGGGAAGGGUAUGAGAGGAGGGUUAAGGCUCAGGCGAAGGAGAUGGCGAGGAAUGAUUGAGUGAGUCAAAGGGAAAAGGAGGUGGGGGGAUAUGUCCUAUGAGGAGGAGUGUGAGUUCAAGGUUGCAAGUGUUAAUGCGGUUAUGGUCGAGAUCGCGGAUUGAGGGAUGAACGAUGAAAAGCAUAUUUACGACA